GGGCUGUUGGCAUACUGCAUGCCGGAUUGAUUCCCUCGCUUGUCCUCAAAUUGAAGACUGAGUCGGAUGAAAUCCAGGACCUCAUCCUUGAUACACUCUCCAACUGUCUGCGUGUGGAAGCUUCUGAAGCUCUAGCAACUGGUGCCAUUGCUGUCCUGAAGGAGAAGCUCACACACUCAUCAGUGGCCAUCAGAAGCAAAGCAGCUUGGGUCCUGUUGGAAAUUGGGACUCAUCCAGAGGGAAUCAUCCCUGUGCUGGUGAGGCUGCUGGAAGACGCAGACCCUGAAGUCCAAGCUAGCGCAACGGGAGCACUGAUGUUUGCCGCUGUGAAACCUCAGGGGAGAUUUGCAGCCCUCGGUGCUGCAGCCAUUCCACCUUUACUGAAGCUGGUUGCUGAGGAAACCAGCAAAGCCCGUCUGAGCGCAAUCAAAACCCUCACCAUGCUGGCUGAGCUACCCGAGGGCCGCAAGACUCUCCUAGAGCAUACAGCUACGUUUCAGCAGUGUCUGAAGGAUCCCUGUGAGGCAGUGAAAAGAGCUGCCAAAAUCGCCAUCAGUGUCAUCACAUGGAAACCUUGCUGA